AGCCAAAAACUUACCACUUCCACACGGAUAGGGAGGAUAACUAUGAACAGUUAUUUAACCUUUAACAUGAACAUGAAUCAAACAUAAUAUUUUUUUCUGGGUACAUGAUACCAUACAGCAUCCAUAUCAAACUUGCGCGGGCCGCACUGACAUUAAACUUUCAUAUCAAGGCGGGGGCCUCAAACUAGUGUCCUGCGGGCCACAUUUGGCCCGCGGGCCGCGUGUUUGAGACCCCUGCUUUAAACUGAAUGAUGAAUGAUUGGUUUCAAAUUUGACUAAAGUCGGCACAUGUACCCUUGUCAAUUAAAAUCUGUUUGAGGUGGCCAUCUGCCUCGACCAACUGAACUGCUAGAGAACCAGAAGUGAGCCGGGUGAAAAGUGCAUCCGUUUUGUGUUAUAAUUAUAGUUUAUGCUCAAUAUUUACUUGUGAGGUCACUGCAGAACUUUCCGCUCCGAACUCCUGUUGACUUCUCCCAUCCACAUGGUCUAUUUGUCCCAAAUGAGAGAGUGAUUCAGUCCCAGCAUCAUCACGUGUGCUGCAGCUUCACCGAGAUGCUGCUAGAACUUUGGUGUGUGGGCGAGGGAGGGGAACCGCGCACCCCCCUGCUGCUGCUGCUGCUGCUGUUGUUUUCACAAUUGCGUCACAAUUUGGUCAGAAGGUGUUGAAGAUCCACUAUCGUCUCCCUAGAGUUCAGCCAAGCGAGACAUCUUAAAAAACGACGUGGCUCGACUGUAACAUCCUAACCAGCAUCAUCAUGACGCAGGCCAAGCCUAUCCCAGCAGUCAGUUAAAGGCGCAGGUGAAGCGUCCUCCAAUGAUGUUGAGACACUUAGAGAGUUCACUUGGGAUGAUCAGAACAUCCGGAGGGUCUUCAUACGUAAGGUGUACACCAUCCUGAUGAUCCAGCUCUUGGUAACGCUUGCUGUUGUGUCUAUUUUCACUUUCUGUGAUCCGCUGAAAGACUACAUUCAAAGCAACCCAGGAUGGUACUGGGCUUCUUACGGUGUCUUUUUCGUGACGUAUUUGACUCUGUCUUGCUGCUCAGCACCAAGGAGACGAUUUCCAUGGAAUCUGAUUCUUCUCGCCAUCUUUACGCUCUCACUCAUCUACAUGACGGGGAUGUUGUCCAGGUACUGGUUCCUCCUUCCUCUAAUUUCCCAAAAGGUUUCUGACUUUGCUUUAAAUAUCUCCAACCAGUUCAUGAACAGCAAUUUGUUGUUGUUUAGUGUGUACUCUCGUUAUAUUGUGUAUUGUCGUCAAAGCUUCUACAACACCAAGUCAGUGAUGAUAUGUUUGGGGAUUACAACUGCAGUCUGUCUCCUGGUCACAAUCUUGAGCUUCCAAACUAAGGUGGACGUCACGUCAUACCAGGGUGUGCUCCUCAUCUUCUGUAUGGUCAUGUUUAUCUCUGGACUGGUACUUGCUGCAGUUCUUCCCUUCCAAUAUGUACCGUGGUUAGAUACCACCUACGCCGUUUUGGGAGCCAUAUUAUUUACCAUGUUUUUGGCAUUUGACACUCAGCUCCUCAUGGGGAACAAGCGCUACACCAUGAGCCCAGAGGAGUACAUUUUUGCCACUCUCAGCAUCUACCUGGAUAUCGUCUAUAUCUUCUCUUUCUUUCUACAAAUUUUUGGAACAAGACAAGAGUAAUAAAAAAUGUUUUUUUAGACUUGCAUAACAGGGAGAAACCAAUAUGAAUAAUAAUAAUAAUAUAUUCAUAGCAUUUUGGUGGAUGUGGUGACAUAUCCUCUCUUUGCAAACAAGAUAUUUUGUCUGAUAUGAAUAUUAUUGUGAUUCACUUGUGAUACGUAGUAAUUAUACAGUACAUACACAUCUGUUGGUAACAAACAAGUAUUGCACCACUCAAUGCUAUGGACAUGUUUGCUGUUAGACGGCAUAACCAGGGCGCAUUUUUGCAGAAUUUUAGUCAUGAAAACUUUGAUUCAGUGACUGGAAACACAUAUUGUGUAUUGUAGUUGUUUUGGAAAAGGAUUAU